AUGGAUGUUAUACUGGAUAUCCUGGAUACUUUCGUCUUUGAUAAAUGUUAUGCAUCUCUCUUGCCAGAUCCUACAUUCGCGAAUACAACUGCAUUCGAGCUCAGUUCCCCUGUGAAUCAACAUGUUUCACUAUACUAUCCUCUCCAAGCAUCGCAAUGGGCCUAUGCAAGCGUCUGGAAACGAGAUGAUAUUAUUCGACAAUUCAUCUCGUUCUUCUUCAUUGCAUUAAUCUUCGCCUGGGCUCUAUACCUACUAGGUAGUCUAAUCCUCUACCACACAAUAUUCGACAAAAGAAUGAUGUCCCACCCGCGCUUCCUCCAAAAUCAAAUCAGUCAAGAAAUCAUGCAAGGCGUCACCUCCAUCCCCGUAAUCUCUCUCCUAACAGCGCCAUUCUUCGUCGCCGAGAUACGAGGCUUUUCAAAACUAUACGAUUUUUCCUCUCAAUCUCCUUUCUGGGGCUACUCACUCCUCCAAUAUCCGCUUUUCAUCCUAUUCACAGAUAGCGGUAUCUACUGGAUCCAUCGUGGACUGCACCAUCCACUUGUGUAUAGAUGGUGUCACAAGCCACAUCAUAAAUGGGUUGUUCCUACUCCAUUUGCUAGUUAUGCAUUUCAUCCUCUGGAUGGGUGGGCACAAAGCUUGCCGUAUCAUGUUUUCCCGCUCAUUUUCCCGCUGCAGAAGUGUGCUUAUUUGGGAUUAUUUAUGUUUGUUACGUUGUGGACUGUUUUGAUUCAUGAUGCGGAGUAUUUGUCUACCUCGAAGUUUAUCAAUGGUGCUGCGUGCCAUACCAUGCACCAUCUUUAUUUCAAUUACAAUUAUGGGCAGUAUAUUACGUUGUGGGAUCGGCUUGGUGGUACAUACCGCACACCAGAGGAGGAUGCGUUUAAGAAGAAGCAAAAUGCGGAACGGGAUGCACUGGCAAGUGCCUCAGUUGUAAAGAAGGGUAAUUAG